AUGUCGACCAAGAAGCGAUUCAUCGGGAAAUCAGGAGGCACAGCCAGCAAGAGCAGCAGCAAGCCCACGGCCACCAACCAUCGGCGGACGAACGAGAUACCGGCGGAGAUCCGAGAGAACAAGCUCCUGAACGAGCUCAUCAAGCAAUGUCUGCCGCCCACCUACAACUUCGAGCUCCACAAGACCAUCCACCAGGUCAUCCAGAACCAGGUCUCCAUCCUCGGCCUCCAGAUGCCCGAGGGUCUCCUCCAGUUCUCCCUCACCAUCUCCGACAUCAUCCGCAAGUUCUGCCCUGACUGCCAGGACGUCGUUGUGCUCGGCGACGUCACCUACGGCGCCUGCUGUGUCGACGACCUCACCGCGAAAGCACUAGGCUGCCAGAUGCUCAUCCACUACGGACACUCUUGUCUCAUUCCAGUAGACCAAACCUCAAUCAAGACCCUCUACGUCUUCGUCGAGAUCGGCAUUGACAGCGCCCAUCUAGCCGAGACCAUCCGAGCCAACUUCCCGGGAUGCAUGCACGAAGACACGCGGGCGACGGCGGCAGGGGGAGGGAUGAAGCAUGUGUCGAUCGAGCAUGAAGAAACCCCCGAACAGCUCCAUCUGGCGGUCGUCGGCACCGUCCAGUUCGUCUCCGCCGUCCAAGCACUCAAGUCCGAGCUCGAACAGCCCCCUCGCUCCUCCUCCUCUGACCAGCCCUCCGCCACCGUCGCCAAACAAAUCACAGACCGAGCCGCGGGCGACGACGAUCUCCAACCUGUCACUCCUCCCGAGCCCCCCCGCUUCCGCGUCACCGUGCCCCAGAUCAAGCCGCUCAGUCCGGGGGAGAUCCUCGGGUGCACAGCGCCCCGUCUAUCCGCCGACACCGACGCCAUCCUGUAUCUGGGCGACGGCCGGUUCCAUCUCGAGUCGAUCAUGAUCGCUAACCCCUCCAUCCCGGCGUUCAGAUACGACCCCUAUGAGAAGAAGAUCACCCGGGAGGGAUACGACCACGUGCAGAUGCGCAGGGUGCGCGCCUCGGCGAUCGCCCUCGCCGGCAACACCUUGGCAUCCCCCCCUCAACCACAGGAGCCUGAGGACCGGGCAUGGGCCGUGGUGUUGGGGACACUCGGACGCCAGGGCAGUCUGUCGGUGCUCAAAUCGAUCACCAGCGGUCUGCGGGCGAAAGCGGGGCCUGGAAAGCUAGCCGUGCCGCUGCUGAUCUCGGAGAUCUCGGCGGCCAAGCUGGGCCAUCUGACGGCCCACCUGGACGUGUGUGUGCAGACCUCGUGUCCGCGGCUGUCCAUCGACUGGGGCCACGACUUCCUCUGCCACUACCCCCGUCCAUCCUCCGCCACGGGGGAGCAGCCCCGCGUCGUGCCCCUGUUGAAUCCGUACGAGGCGAAGGUCGCGCUCGGCCAGGCCCCCGGAUUCAUCCUCGACGCUUCUUCGUCCGCCCCGACCACCGCUCCCGCCUCGGCAGACCGCGAACCCCUGCUCGACUCCUACCCCAUGGACUUCUAUGCCGAUCAGUCGUUGGGCGACUGGACCCCUCGCCACGGCCGCAACAUCCGGCCCGUCCGCCCCAGAACUGUUCCCCCGGUUCAGUGA